AUGGUUCAACAAGGAAUCAAGGAAGAAAAAGAGGCUGACAACCGUGGAUAUUUGACUGUAAUUUCUCUGAAUCCAAUGGUUCAACAAGGCAUCAAGGAGGAAAAAGAUUGGAAAGCAGCGCGUAAGACUCAUUACGAUAUGGGAAUGAAUUAUGUUGAAAUUGGCGUUGCUGCUCGCACCUUACCACGGAUCAUCGAUGGUGGAAAAGUAUGCAAACACUUUAUUUUGUACAAAGGGUAAGC